AUGUUGGACUAUGCAGCCUCUCAGCUCAAACACAAUCCGACGCUAACGAUCACCUUUAUCUGCAGCAAGAUGCAGAUUGCCUUGCUGCAGAAGCUCGCCAUCUCGGAGCAUCUGGUCAACGAACGUUUCGGCUCUAGACUUCGCCUGCUGGGGACCGGGCGCUCAACACAAGAGGUACUUCAAGAGUUCAACCAACGCGAGGAUGCCAAGCAGACUGCCGCGCCUUCUUCCAAUGCCACAGCGGAUGGUCCCGAGCCUGAGGUGAUCCUCACCAUGCAGGCUGCCACGCUGAUCCAGAAGCAGUUCGCCGAGAUCUUCCCCACGAUCGUCGCCAACAGGGACCUGUACGAUGAGCAUGACGGCAGUUUGCUUCUGCCUGCCUGCCUAGCAGGUCCACCCACCUCGGUCGUCGUCAACUGGAUGCUGCCGGGCAUGGUCGAUAUCGUUCGCAAGCACGCCUCCGACCUAAAGAUGGUCACAUUCUUUGACAACGCAUGCACUUUCGUCUUGCGGAUGCUGGGUCCCCGAUCGAUCGGCGGCUUCGGCGCCAUCGAGAGACUCUGGACUCAGUACUGCAAUAGCAACCCCGAAGUGGAUCGCAACGAUGCAGCUCUGAGAGAGAAGCUGUUGGGAAGACGGUGGGUCGGCAGGUUCUAUAUCCCAGGCAGCCGCAUGGGUGCCAUCGAGGAGCAAGAGAUGGCCGCGCUCGCCAAGGACUGGCUACUCACCGUGCCGCUGAGUCCUUCCCUGAUCGAGAUUCAGAAGCUGGUAGACGCCAGCCACACCAUUCUCAUCAAUACGCACAUGGCUGUAGAACAGCGCGAGCUCGAUUACCUGCGCAUGGUGUAUCCCUUCAAAAAGAUUGGUAUCCUCGGGCCCGUCAUGUUCUCCGGUUUUGUGGAGAAGGGAGAGAAGCUUUCGGCGAAACUUCUCGAGGAGAAGAUCCAUGCCAAACCAGGUAUGUCGCGGCCCCUCACUCCACCAGAGACUCCGCCUGGUUCUCCUGGUACUACCGAACGACAAAGCAGCCAGGUCGAUAGAACCAAGGCGGUCAGAGAAGUCGAAGACUAUCUCUCUUGUUCAGUCGCCGGCUCGGUUGUAUACAUCUCAUUUGGAACAAUGUUCCGUCCCCAGCCGACACACCUCGUCAAGAUGCUCGAGAUUAUCCAGUACGAGAUGAGUCUCAACUCGCAGCUUCGUGUUCUCUUCACCUUUGGAGGAAGCAAGGAUCUGGCCUCAUCUUGCCCACCAUCCUUUGCGCCUCAGAUCGCGACCCUCGAGUCGCAGCUGCUCAAGACAGGAAGGAUCAUGCUGGUCAACUGGGUCGAUCAGCACUACGUCCUUCAACAUCCUGCUGUUGGCUGGUUCCUCAGCCACGGUGGCUGGAACAGCUGCCAGGAGUCGAUGCUUGCCGGCAAACCUUUGCUGAUCCUGCCAUUCUUCGGCGACCAGCUCUUCAAUGCCUACUUCUUGGAAGCCAGCGAGGUCGCAUUCCGCUUCAAGACCGCUGCCAAGAUGAGCGUCACCGACUUUGUGGCGAGCUUCCGGGAAGGCAUCGCGUGCACUCGUCCAGAGAGCGAGCGUGGUUCGCAGAUGAUCAAGAAUGCCAAAGAGCUUCAACUUCGCUUGAAAGGCGAACGUGCUCAAGCUGAAGUGCGUUUGCUUUGA